CGUAAUAAGCGGCCGUCAAAAUGGACGGCUCAGUGCGAAUAUUAAAUAAACUUAAUGUUUACAUACCCAUAGAUAAGAUUUUAUUUGCAUUGAAUGAUAUUUAAUUCCCCGCGUGUAUUGCAUUCAGCCAUAUUUAGUAACGCGCGCUGUCAGUUGACUCGUUUUUAUUUUUUUUUUUUUAAUUUGUGUAAAAGUUUUCGUCGCGUUCGGAAAUUGGAAUUUAGGUGUUGGAUUUUUUUUUGUUUUUCGUUUUUUUUUUUUCAAAAUGGGAAUUUUUUCUUAUGUUUAUAGAUUAUUUGUAAUGCAAAAUAUAUACGUAAAGUGAUUCGUUUGUGGUUGAAAAAAGACAUUUUUAAGUGUUGUGGACAAUUUUUUUGGUUAUAAAAUUAUUUUAUUCAAUAUUGACUUUUAAAUUUUAAAUCUUUGUCUUUUGGACUUUAUAAUAUCGUUAAUUAAAAGCCUACAUAUGACAUACUUUUUGAAUAAACGUAAAGUGAAGACAAGAAAGGUGCAUAGUCCUGAUUCUUGUUUCUGUUUGUGUCGAUUUUGUUGUGCAUUGCGAAGACAACGAACAACUUGUGAUUCGUUAACAAAAGUCCCUGUAUCAGUACUUAAAAGAUAUAAUUUCUGUCUCUGGUCUUUUAAAUACAGAAUAGAAUACGACUCUGUGAUUUGAGUUUGCUAAAGGAAAUACACGGACAAAGUCUAUUUUCGUUGAAGAUAACGUAAUACCGAGACAAAGGAAAGUCGAGUGGUUUGUUUAAUGUAGUAUUACAUGUGAAAAACAAGAUUUGUUUAAACAGAUUAAAUAUAUUUGACGUGUGAUAGAAAUUUCCGAACGGAUACAGCAACGUCAUUAUGCAAAAAUCGAUUUAAAAAUGUUUGUAAACAUUCGAAUUUGGAACGAGUAAUGACGUUAUAGAUAAAUUGUUAUCUUUCCCCUUCUUUUAUAUUGGAAAUGAUAAAGACCAAUAAUGAUUAGUUAAUCGCAAGCAGCUUCAAGUUCUGCAAAAAAAGCUGUUCGAUUGAAAAGAAAUCAGUUGAUACGAGACAUUGUCUUAAUGAACUAUAGCGGAGAAGAGAAAAAAAGAUAAAUUCGCACCAAAGAUUACAAAGAUAAUAAAAGAUUAGAAAUGGAUCUCUCAGUUGCGCAUUAUACAUAUCCAGCCCCGUACUAUCCAAUAUCAUCGUAUUUAAAUCCAGUUUUGUACCCGGACUAUCUAAGUUCCUACUACAAAUUUUACGAUGGAAUGUAUACUAUGCGUAUGUUGGAUGGAGCACCUCAUAUUCCUCCACACAACCACUCCCAUAUGACUGUGGCAACUGAGCGUGAUUCUGCUUCGGACAGUGCGGUGUCUUCUAUGGGCUCCGAGAGAGUCCCUUCUCUGUCUGACGGUGAAUGGUGCGACGGCAAUGAUUCCGCUCAGGAGUUCCACAGUUCAAAAUUCCGACCAUACGAUGCUGCGUACUCCAGAGAAAGAUCUCAUCCACCACAAAAGAAACACCAUAUGUUCGGCAAAAGAUGCUUCCAGGAGCAACCAACAACAAACUUGGAGCCGUUAACUCGCACCCCCAGCGUCGUUAAAUAUGAAUGCCCUGAACAGACUUACCAUCACGAUUUGCAAAUGCAUAAUAUAGACUACAGCGCACGUCAGAUGGCGCCGCACGCGCCUGUAAUCCAGCCCAGUCUAGACUUGAACGCAGCUCAUUCCAGCCAUGCGCUUUUACAGUCAAACGUACCAAGCCCCGGUCGCUACGUAAGCGGUGAGCGCGUUCGUCAUAACCACACUUACAGUGCUCUCGAGCCUCCCGCUGAAAGACAUGUCACUAGAGACAAACGAGUUCGAAGGUUGACGGAUGGUAGUACUUCGGAUGGCGGGUCGACAAGUUCACAGCAUCUGUCGAGAGAUGAGAAACGCGCUAAGGCACUGGGUAUUCCGUUGGAAGUGCACGAUAUUAUCAAUCUACCAAUGGAUGAAUUCAACGAGCGUCUUUCCAAACAUGAUUUGAGUGAAGCCCAACUGUCUCUUAUCAGGGACAUACGUCGUCGUGGUAAGAACAAGGUGGCAGCUCAGAACUGCCGCAAACGUAAACUGGAUCAAAUCACAUCACUGGCUGAUGAAGUACGCACUGUACGCGACCGCAAAGCGCGUACUCAACGCGAGCACAGCGCGUUGCAAGCGGAGCGACAACGCGUCAAGGAAAGGUUCGCGGCACUGUACCGCCAUGUAUUCCAGAACCUUCGUGAUCCUGAUGGCAGACCAUUAUCUUCAAAUCAAUAUUCUCUACAACAAGCCGCGGAUGGUAAUGUAGUUCUGGUGCCGAAGAUGCACCAUGACCAUCCUAUUAACAGGACUGAUGAUGAUAUGGACAGAAAAACGAAGCACUACGAAUGAAACUGGUUGUUUACAUGAAUAAAUGAAUUUUACAAAAAUUUAAACAAAGAAUGAUUGGAUUUUACAAUUAUAAAUUGGAUUUUACAUUUGUAAAUUGGCUUGUUUACAGAUUGAACAGUAUAAAAAUGUCUAGAAAUCUAAAUGAUAAUUUCUUAAAAUAACUAAUUACAGCCUUUUGAUACCUUUAUAAAUGUUUUUUACAUUUUAAACUCACAAAAUAAUAGGAAAUAAACUCAAUAGAAGUGUCUUGUCUAACUGGUUGGACUUUAUAUUUGCUUGGAUCACCAAAAUAAUUAGAACUCCAAACAUAGCGUGUUCCAUUAUCCGCGUGUAAAAAAUGUUCAUAUCACGAUAAUAGGCAUUUUUUUUAAUUUAUUCGCCAGUUUAUAAAAUACCAGUGAUGCGAAAAUAUUUUGCAGUAAUUUUAAACCAGUGUUUUCUUUUAUUUCUUGUGUCAACUUACAUAAGAAAUAGGAUCGAAAAUUGUAAUUGUUGGAAAAAAAAAAUAUUUUUCUUUUCUAAAUGUGAUAAAACGACAAAAUUCCAUUUUUAUUUAGAGUGUGGUUAGUGGUUUUUUUUUUAAUAUAAAAUAGAAUUUUCCAAAACACGAACGAUAAAACAAUGCGUGCACUAUAACAUGUUAUUGAAUAAUGACGUCAUUAUUACAGCUAUACAACAAGCUUUGUUAAUAUGACGUCAUUUCAUUAUUAUUACUAAUCGGAAAGAGAUAUGUCAUUAAAAAUAUCUAAAUUUUAGCAUACUCACGCCUGUAAACUUAGGGAUAGGUAGCUAUGAAGAAAA